AUGAAUACCCAAAAGGAUCACCCCCAAAUCGAAGAAAAGAGCGAUGUAGACCCCGAUCUCCCCAAAGAUCGCUUCUACGUCAACUACAUCCUCUUCUUCUUGAUUGGUCUCGUACAUUCUUUACCGGCGACUUUUUUCACUACUGCGACGAACUUCUGGAUGUACAAGUUCCGAAACACAACUAUAGACACGACGGACUCGGAAUUUAGGACCGAUCUUCAAGCACAAUUCAGUUCGUCUCUAAAAGUCGUACAACCAAUUUCUAGUUUGGCGUUCCAACUCUUGACGGUGUACUACGGACGGUACUUUAAAGUACGAUCCAGGAAAUUCUUCAUUUUGAUUGUUAACAUGUUGCUGUGUAUCUUGACCAUGGCGUUCGUGAGGGUCGAUACUGAUUCAUGGCAAGAGGGUUUUUUCGCGAUGGCGAUGGCUAUAACAGCAGGAAUGAAUGCAAUGACUGGUAUUUUCUCUGUUACUAUGUACACAGCUUGUGCCUUUUUUCCUCAUAGUUACAUAGGGGCGUACAUCAUCGGUGAAGGUCUAGCGUCUAUAUUUACAGCAGUGGCACAAAUGAUCUCUUUAGCGUUUGAUCUGUCAAGUCAAGAUAGCGCCUUAGUCAACCAGAAGAAACAAAUUCUAUGUGUACCAUAUGAACAGAAUCCAAGAACGUACCGACAGGAUUAUUAA